CCACCAAGGUUGGUGCAAGCUUCACUUUCGAAUCAUAGAUAAAAGAAGGACGGCAGUUGAGGAUGAGAGCGGUUACCGGAACAUCUACGAUUCUUUCAGUGUAACGCAUGCUCAUAUAAAUAUUUUUACGGAAGUCUGGGGGUGUGAAAACGUAUGGUCUGAUUUUCCCAUCCAAUUUAUGAUCGUGAUGCGAUCGUCAUGUGGUUAUGAGCGCUGUAUUAUUCAUAUCAGCGCUCGUCCGUCACCUUCGUCUUUCCGCGUCAACUACCACCUUUUAUUUUCUUCCUCUUUCAUUCUCUCUUUCUCGCGUCAAUUUAUUCAAAAUGGCGAAUACCGACCGUGGCCCUGCAAAACGUUCCUUGACGGGAAAACACACACUCCUUCCUGCAGUCAAGCCCAAUGGGGCCUCGUUUACCGAUUAUACACGGGAUGAGCUUGCUUAUAGUAUUGUCGCUUGGACGUUUGGUCGGGGUUCAGUGAUAUGGCGUAUAUGGCCAGCUGUACUCCUCCAUACGCUGUUUGCCGCCGUGGUUGUCUAUCUUCAGUUGAAGGAUUACCUGGUCUUGAGUAUCCCUAAUAUUAUGCUCACGGUUCUUGGUGUCGUCAUCGGUUUUGUGAUCUCAUACCGUGCUAUGAGCGGUUAUGAUCGCUAUUGGAUGGGGAGAACAUGCUGGUCUGAUGUCAUUAAAUAUGCUCGUACCAUGGGCCGCCUCGUUUGGUUUCAUGUUCCCCCUCGCUUGGCGCCAAAAACGCCUCAGGAAAUUGAGUCUGGUCGGACUAAUCGGUCGCCUGAGGAGAUGAUCAAGGUCAUGACAGAAAAAAGGAUGGCGUUGGAUCUUGUGGAAGCGUUCGCUGUGGCCACGAAGCACCAUAUCAGAGGCGAACUUGGAAUCUAUUAUGACGAUCUCUACGAUCUCGUUCUACCUCUUCAUGAUCGCGAACAUCCAGCCGAGCAAAAGGCUGCGGCCAUGACCACCGCUCUUCUUGUUCCUUCUAGGGUCCAUCGUAUCGCGUCCAACCCAUCUCUUCCCCAUGCACAGCUAUCCCCACCCAUUUCAUCGUCUUCACGUCCCAACCUUGACACGCAAGAACCUGUCAUCCCACCUGUUAAUGCAUAUGGUACAUUCCACCCUUCCAAGCAGGCUUCGAGCAUUUCUCUCCGGCACCAACUAAAGCGGAACGCUUCCUCCUCAUCUGUACACAGAACGCUCCAGCCAUCCCAGCAAACGAGUGGCGACAAUGUGAUGGACCGAGUCUCUGGUGACCUCAUUCCUUUUGCCGGUUUUUUCAGCACCAUCCGUGGAUGGUUCAGGAGAGCAGACUAUGUUGAAUCUCUGCCGAGCAAUGAUCUACGAAAGGAUCCAUACGGCGCGGACAGCAGCCAAAGGAAAUGGAGCGGGCCCAUCCAACCUGCUGCUAGUGGCAAAAAGCAUCGUCCCCGAAUCGCGGGUGGAGGGGAGAACCUUCCUUUGGAAAUUCUGAGGUGCUUGAGUGAAUGGUUCAGCGUUUUGGAAGAUCGGAAUACGGUGCCUGGGACAAGUCUUGGGUCUAUGAUUGGACUGAUAGCUUCUAUGGAGGAUACUCUGUCGGCUCUGGAAACAAUCCUGACGACACCCCUGCCUUUCGUGUAUUCUGUGCAUAUCAGACACACUGUAUGGCUAUACCUCUUCUUCCUACCUUUCCAACUCGUUUCGACGUUUGGCUGGCAUACCGUUUCAGGCGUUUGCAUCGCCGCAUUCAUUUAUCUGGGUUUCCUCGCUGCCGGCGAAGAAAUCGAGCAACCUUUCGGCUAUGACGAGAAUGACCUCGACCUUGACAUGUUCUGUCGCGAGAUAAUUCAUGUCGACAUCGAAAACCUCAAGAAGUCGCCUUGUUUAAAUGCCUAUUUCCAGCCACCUCAGAGCCAACAGCCCGUCAGACAAGGUUCUUUGACCCUGACCGAAACGACCGCCUAUUUGACAGAAGAUCCUGACAAGGAUAACGACAGUGACUUUGAGCUGAAUGAUAGAAUUGAGGGACUUGGAAGUUCUACGAGGAAUUCCAUUGCGUCGUUAGCAUAAGGAAAGGUGGUAGUAUGAUCAACUUGCAUAUUUCCAUCUUAUCUUUAC